GGGAAAAGAAAUCAUUUAUAUCCAUGAAACUUCCAUCCUUUUCUUUCAGUUAACGGCUAAACCCCAUUCUUCAGUUUUUCUAUAUAAACCACCAUUAUUAGACUCAUUGAAUUCCUCCCUUCCUUCUCUUUAUAACUCUAACUUCUUCAUUUUCUCUCUCUUCAUCUUCUUUUUCCUUCUUUCCGACUUUUCAGAUCUGAUUUAAUUAGUGAUAAUGGAUUACGAAUUGGAUCACAGAAACCAACAUGCUUCAAAUUCCAAAUAUGACUGCCUUUUAUUUGAUCUUGAUGAUACCCUUUAUCCUGUAAGUUCUGGAAUUGCUGCUCAUUGCUCCAAAAACAUUCAGGGGUACAUGAUUGAACAACUUGAUAUAGAUGAAAGUAAAGUUCCUGAUAUGUGUUAUGUUCUGUACAAGUAUUAUGGAACUACAAUGGCUGGUCUUAGGGCUAUUGGGUAUAAUUUCGACUAUGAUCACUAUCACAGUUUGGUUCAUGGCAAGUUACCAUAUGAUUUGCUAAAACCUGAUCUUGUUUUGAGGAAUCUAUUACUCAGUCUCCCAAUUCGCAAAAUGAUUUUCACUAAUUCUGAUGAGCGUCAUGCUGCUGAGGUUCUGCAUAGGUUGGGUUUAGAGGAUUGUUUUGAAAGGAUUAUCUGUUUUGAGACGCUAAAUUCCUCUGACAAGAGCGCGAAUGUUGAUGAAGAGAAUGCUCCUGCUGUUGAAAACUCAGACUUGCAGAGCUCGAUUUCUAGCCCUGAAAUUUUCAACAUCAUGGAAUAUCAACCUAGUUCUGGUGUAACCCUUCCACCAACACCUGUUGUUUGUAAACCCUUUGAAACAUCAUUCGAACAAACUUUUAAACUAGCUGGAAUUGAUCCUCAACGAACACUGUUCUUUGAUGACAGUGUUCGUAAUAUCAGUGCUGGUAAAAAACUGGGUCUUCAUACUGUUUUGGUAGGAAAAUCUGAAAGAUCAACUGGAGCAGAUUAUGCUUUGGAAAGCAUUCACAAUAUUAAAGAAGCAUUUCCAGAGUUGUUGGAAGCUGAUGAAAGAUUGGAGAAUGUCAGUUACCCUCAAAAGAUUGCAGUGGAGGCCUAACUUAACUUUGUGAAUGCAAAAUGAACUAGUUAAAUCUUUUCUGUUUCUGAUUUUACUAACUUGAUGUCCUGUUAAAUGUGCCUACUCGGCUGAACACCCCUAAAAAACAACUAUAUGGAUGUAAAGUAGUUCUUGCAUUUGCUCUGAUAGCCUUUUUCGCGCAAUGUAUUACUAUUAGAUGUACUGGAAACUUGGAAAUGUAAAAAUGUAUUCGCGACUUUGAAUCUAUGAUUUCAAAAGUUGAAUUA